AUGAAACUUCGCCGCAAAACAGGAUACAGCAGAAAGGCUUUGCUUCAAUUUGGAAUUGAUUUGAGCUGGGCUAAAGCUGCCAAACUUUCAAAUCGACAAACAUCUCAAGGACUGGUGACAGUGAAAACAGCCGGGAAGGUAGCUGCAAUUGUCGAACUAAGCUGUGAAACGGACUUUGUCGCUCGAGGAGAACCUUUUAAACAAUUGUUAGCUUCGCUUGUUACUGCCGCUCUUGAACACGUAAAAAGGGCGCCAGCACAACAAUCGGACAAAAUUUCUACUCAGACUUUUGAUGUCGACUCAGUGAAAACCGCUGAUGGAAAAUCCUUGAAGGAAGUCAUUUCAAUGGGUAUCGGAAAAUUGGGAGAAAACAUCUCUGCCAAGCGAAUAAAAGCCUUUUGGGCGCCACAAGAUUCCGAGUUUUAUAACGGUUCACACCCAAAAGACGGCCUCCAAGAUAUCCCAAUGGGCCGAUUUGUUUCUCUUUUGGCUAUGAACAGGAAAAAGAGUGAGGGACAAUUUCUCACCGAACGUCUAGCCGAUCAACUAUGUCAACAUAUUAUUGGAAUGAGAAGUGAAUCAUUGGGCACUUCAGUCGAUCCAAACGAAGCUAAGAAACAAACCGAAACAUCAAAGAAUGCCGACGGUCAAGAUGAACUAAAUGAAUUCUUCCAAGGACAGGCAACUCAAAUGGAUGCCGAAAUCGACAAAGAC